UUGUCUCACAUGGGGGAGUUGUGGUCAAGCAAGAAGUUGUUGUCUCACAAGGAAGAGUUGUCACACAUGGGGGAGUCGUUGUAUGACAAGGAGGAGUUGUUGGCUCACAUGGAGGAGUUGUUGUUUCGCAUGGAGGAGUUGUUGUUUCACAUGGAGGGGUUGUUGUCACACAUGGAGGGGUUGUUGUCACACAUGGAGGGGUUGUGGUCUCACAUGGGGGAGUUGUGGUCUCACAUGGGGGAGUUGUGGUCUCACAUGGGGGAGUUGUAGUCUCACAUGGGGGAGUUGUAGUCUCACAUGGGGGAGUUGUAGUCUCACAUGGGGGAGUUGUAGUCUCACAUGGUGGAGUUGUGGUCUCACAUGGGGGAGUUGUGGUCUCACAUGGGGGAGUUGUGGUCUCACAUGGGGGAGUUGUGGUCUCACAUGGGGGAGUUGUGGUCUCACAUGGGGGAGUUGUGGUCUCACAUGGAGGGGUUGUUGUCUCACAAGGAGGAGUUGUGGUCACACAUGGAGGAGUUGUGGUCUCACAUGGAGGGGUUGUUGUCUGACAUGGAGGAGUUGUGGUCUCACAUGGAGGAGUUGUCACACAUGGAGGGGUUGUUGUCUCACAUGGAGGAGUUGUGGUCUCACAUGGAGGAGUUGUGGUCUCACAUGGAGGAGUUGUUGUCGCACAUGGAGGAGUUGUUGUCACGCAUGGAGGGGUUGUUGUCACACAUGGAGGAGUUGUCUGGGAUGGGGGAGUCGCUUUCUGGCAAGAACAGGUUGUUGUCUCACAUGGAGGAGUUGUUGUCGCACAUGGAGGAGUUGUGGUCUCACAUGGAGGAGUUGUUGUCACACAUGGAGGGGUUGUUGUCUCACAUGGAGGAGUUGUAGUCUCACAUGGGGGAGUUGUGGUCUCACAUGGAGGGGUUGUUGUUACACAUGGAGGGGUUGUUGUCUCACAUGGAGGAGUUGUGGUCACACAUGGAGGAGUUGUGGUCUCACAUGGAGGAGUGGUUGUCUCACAUGGAGGAGUUGUCACACAUGGAGGGGUUGUUGUCGGACAUGGAGGAGUUGUCACACAUGGAGGGGUUGUUGUCUCACAUGGAGGAGUUGUCUGGGAUGGGGGAGUCGCUUUCUGGCAAGAACAGGUUGUUGUCUCACAUGGAGGAGUUGUUGUCACACAUGGAGGGGUUGUUGUCUCACAUGGAGGAGUUGUGGUCUCACAUGGAGGAGUUGUUGUCGCACAUGGAGGAGUUGUUGUCUCACAUGGAGGAGUUGUGGUCUCACAUGGAGGGGUUGUUGUCGCACAUGGAGGAGUUGUUGUCUCACAUGGAGGGGUUGUUGUCUCACAUGGAGGGGUUGUUGUCGCACAUGGAGGAGUUGUUGUCUCGCAUGGAGGAGUUGUGGUCACACAUGGAGGAGUUGUGGUCACACAUGGAGGAGUUGUUGUCGCACAUGGAGGGGUUGUUGUCGCACAUGGAGGGGUUGUUGUCUCACAUGGAGGAGUUGUUGUCGCACAUGGAGGAGUUGUGGUCACACAUGGAGGAGUUGUUGUCUCACAUGGAGGGGUUGUUGUCUCACAUGGAGGGGUUGUGUUCUCACAUGGAGGAGUUGUUGUCGCACAUGGAGGAGUUGUGGUCACACAUGGAGGAGUUGUUGUCUCACAUGGAGGAGUUGUGGUCACACAUGGAGGAGUUGUUGUCUCACAUGGAGGAGUUGUGGUCACACAUGGAGGAGUUGUUGUCGCACAUGGAGGGGUUGUUGUCUCACAUGGAGGAGUUGUUGUCGCACAUGGAGGAGUUGUUGUCGCACAUGGAGGAGUUGUUGUCUCACAUGGAGGGGUUGUUGUUUCACAUGGAGGGGUUGUUGUCUCACAUGGAGGAGUUGUUGUCACACAUGGAGGAGUUGUUGUCGCACAUGGAGGGGUUGUUGUUACACAAGGAGGGGUUGUUGUCACACAUGGAGGGGUUGUUGUCUCACAAGGAGGAGUUGUUGUCUCACAUGGAGGGGUUGUCUCACAUGGAGGGGUUGUUGUCUCACAUGGAGGGGUUGUUGUCGCACAUGGAGGAGUUGUUGUCUCACAUGGAGGGGUUGUUGUCUCACAUGGAGGAGUUGUGGUCACACAUGGAGGAGUUGUUGUCUCACAUGGAGGGGUUGUGGUUGAACACGGUUGCUCAGUAUCAGGUGCACCGGCGUCUGCACCUAGUUGAAUGCGAAGGGCCAAUCCUCUAAAGUUGAAGCAGUUGACCUGACUGGCUGAUUUGCAGGACUUGCUAUCCUCGUCGAACGACUGCCCCAGGUUACAGCUCUGACGCACGGGUCGGCCGCGUGUGCAGACAUAAUAACCGGCACAUCUGGUGGGAUCAGCUAGGUGGGAGCCGUCCGCAACGCUGCUGCAGCUAGGUCGCAAGUGCUUUUUAUCGCCAAUGGUGGGUUGCACGGCAACUGCAGCCAUAGUCACAACACCCACAAGGAGAAUGUU